AUUGCCGGCAUAGUGCAUGUUUUUUGGUUUUUGGUUUUUUUGAAUGUGCAUCGAGUCCGAUGAAGCCGACAUUGGAAUGUCUCUGGGAUCCGAGGACUGAUUUAACUGCUUUAUUUUCUGAGAUUGAGAGAGGAAAGAAAUGGGAAAUUCACUGGGCUGUGUUAAGGAGCCGAAAGAGUCCAUAGCUGUUCCUGAGAAGGCUCCCAUAUCUCCUAAGAAGAGGGUUCGGUUCAAAAGGAAGUGGAGAGGGAAGAAAAUCCUUACUCCAGAAGCAUCUCCCAGGGAGGAAGCUUUGGAAGGCACUGGAGUCAUUGAAGAGACUGAAACCCUAACGAAGUUAACAGCGAGGCUCCCAAAGGAGCCCGGAGUGGGAGGGGCAGAGCACCCCCCAUCAGACAUUUUCCUGCCCGGAGACUCCGCUCCCAACUCAGGGGUGGGCGAUCAAGGGAUGAUUGUGCAGGUAAAGGAGAGCUUCCAAGCAGAGAUCCAGACUGCUCACCUUUUGUUGGAGAAUGAGUCAUCAGUUGUUGGAGGGGCCUGGGAUUCCCUGGAAGAGGGUAUGACAGUCAUUGCUCACCUGCUUGAUAACCCAGCAGAAAGGAACUGUGAGAAGUCUGUGAGCCAACUGGUGGAAUUUCCGAGGACAGCAUCCUGCAGCAGCAGGGCUGUGCUGCUGCCUUUGCAGGGAGAGACUGCAGUGGAGCAGGGAGGCACUCUGCUCAGACAUCGACAUCGGAGCAGCACUUUGCCUCGGACGGACUGCCCCUCUGAAACAGCAGAUCAAGACCAACCUUCAGAGGGCUGGAGUGUGGGGGGAAGAACCAAGAGUGUUCCAAGUGCCCCUCCCACAGGUUCUUGGAUUGCUAAGUGUUCUGUUGCUUCAUCAAUACCAAAACAGUCAGGAGACCCUAUUCACACAGAGCCUACCCAUGUAGGUCUCGUGUCCCGCAAGGGUCCCAUAUUGCCUGUUUCUCAGAGUGAUUUAUCUGUCAGUGGCAUCACUGUGAGCAUUUUGCCAUCCUCCUCUGGCUAUGGCAGCGAUGGGCUGCGCCUGCAUGGAAUCCGGCCUGAAGAUACAGAACCUGAAAAGACCUCCACACCCUUCUCAGAAGAGGAUGGUACCCUGUCUUUGGAGGCAAGCCAUACUGAUCGUGGGGUCUGGAGGAGGUGGAUGGUGUAUUUGGGAUAAUCAAACUGUCUGUUUGGAUUUCCUUCCUCUCAGGCAUAUCGAAGUGGAGUGUGGUAAGCAGUAAGGAUCUUGGAGUAUUUCAAACUUACCCCUAUAUGGGGAGUGUGAGUUAGUGAUGGCUAGGGGUUGGCAAGCAUAAUCUAUUUCAAGUCUGUCUCUUGAUGCUUAAAACCAAGUCUUGUUGGCUCUGGGGAAAUCUCAGGUUUUGAGUAUCCAUGUAGCAUAAUUGCUGAGGUUAUCUGGUAGGAUUAUCUUUCAAGGUGCAGUUCUGGGCAUUCCUCAUACUCAGUCAGGGCUGUUGGUUUGUUUGCCCCCUUCAAGAAGUUGUUAUGUAGCACAAAGGGUAAAGGGAAGCCUAGCUUAAUUUCUAACAUUAACAUGGGAG